AUGGGCCGGAAUAUAAAUGAUUACAAGUUGCCAAAUAUUGAUUAUGCGAAUGAUUCCAACAGUUAUGAUUCCUCUAGAGAGAUCAGCAACGAAAUGGCUAUUGUUACUCCGUCUGACGAUUACAAUGCAAUAGUAAAUCUUAACAAUGAGCAACAAAAUGCAUACAUGACUAUACUUGAAUGCAUAAUGUCAAAUCAACCAAACAUCUUCUUCAUUGAUGGGCCAGGGGGUACAGGAAAAACGUAUUUGUACCGUGCAUUACUUGCGAAGGUUAGAUCUGAACAUGGAAUUGCACUUGCAACUGCAACUUCUGGAGUGGCUUCUUCAUUAUUACCAGGUGGUAGGACUGCACAUUCAAGAUUUAAGAUUCCUAUCAUAGCUGACGAGUCAACUACUUGUAACAUUUCAAAGCAAAGUUCAACUGUAGAACUCUUACGAAAAACCAAACUAAUUAUUUGUGAUGAAGCACCAAUGGCUAAACGUUACGCAAUUAAAGCAGUUGAUAGAACUCUACAAGAUUUACUUGGCAAUAAUUUAUCUUUUGGAGGAAAAGCUGUGGUUUUUGGCGGAGAUUUCAGACAAGUGUUACCCGUACUACCUCGAGCGACUAGAGCUGAAACUAUUGAAGCAAGUCUGGUAAAGUCUAAAUUAUGGAAAAAAAAUGAAGAAAAUACAAUUGAAAAAGAACAUGAGAACAAGAAAUGA